UGUGUGUUCAUGUGUGUGUGUGUGUGUGUGUGUGUGUGUGUGUGUUUCAGAAAAGGGUAUAAAUAAGAGUUGUAACGAAGUGAUAUAUAGGAAGAAAGAUUUGGAAAAGGACUCUGGUCAAUAUGUGUGAAAUAGGAAAAGGCUGAGAAAACCACUAUAUCAAGUCAGAUUCACUUAACAUUUACUGAGCCUCCAUUAUGCAAAUAGAUUUGUUUUGGUCAGUAUUUGAUCUCCUGAGAUGAAUGAGAUAACCUCCUUGACUUCAAGGAGUUUAAUUCUAGUAGGAGAGAUAAGACAUAAUUAUGUCAUCAGCCAUAUAAUUCACUAUUUUCAUAGCAGCCCCAAACAAAAGGAAAGAUGUAUCAUGGCAAUGUGAACAAGUGUCAAGUGAAUUGUACAAUUAUAUAAUUGCAUGAGAAUUUUGGAAUAAGAAUAGGUCAUUUUUGAGGAUGGGAGUAGUCAAGAUGAUUUCAUGGGCUAGAUAGAAUUUUAGUUCGGCCUUGAAGUAUGAGAGGAUAAAGAUAUGAGGAAAGUGCAAUUUCCUAUUAUGAGACUAGCAUGAGCAAAAACACAGGAAGAAGAAAAUACAUGAUAGAGACAUUCCAAAUUUUAAAACCUUUGGAUGUCAGAAAAUUCAAAUAAUAUAUGUCCAUAAUUUAUUUGAAAAAAUAAAUGUCCUUGUAUGCAAAUAUAAAUACAAUUUUAAAAGCAGAAAACAGGGGAGAACACAGGCAUACUUCAGAAAUAUUGUGUAUUAGGUUCCAUCACAAUAAUAAAGCAAAUAUCAUAUUAAAGUAUUAGGAGAGUCCUUGAUAAACUAGCUAAUAUACAAAUAAAUAAGUCCAAGAAAGUGAGAGUCUAACAACUCUUCCAGUGGGGAAUAGUUAAUGUAAUUUGGGAUGUUUAAUUUUCAGCAGAAAAGAUCUAAGGCAGUAUUGAUGAUCUUUUAAGAGAUCACAGGCCCAAACUGCACCUUCAAGCUGUCUGUGCAUUGGCUGCAUUACCUGAGACAGAAGAGGGAAGAAGUGCUAGCACUGGACUGCUUGGAAGAGGGGUGGGGCAUGUGAAAAUUGUUCUCAGGCAUGGUGGAGAGGGGGAAUGGUGCAGCCUCCUCCUGGAUGCCAAGGCACCAAUGCCACAACUUUGCCAAUGUGGAAAGGGAUGGCAUUUAUUAAUUCAUUCAACAAUAUUUCCCUAGUGAUAGCUAUGUGCUAAAGGACCAUUACAUAAAGUAGGGAGGAGAAAAAGGUGAACAGAAAGUGAAAAAAAAGAGGUGAUAUGAUGUGACCCAAGAUGGACAAAGUAAAUCAGAUUUCAGAGGAGGGAGUAUUCUCUUCUAUUUUGCAGUUGGUUAAGGAUAGGAUGAAUUCCAGAAGACUUGACUGAGGAUAUGGGAUUUUAGUUGCAUCUUGAACAAAAGAUAAAUCAAUAUUAACGCCCAUGAUACUACCAAAUUAGGAUUGGUUUUUGACUUGAAACUGCCGAGAACUCCAAUUUUAAUUCUUUCCUCAUCUCUCCCCCAUUCUCUUUACUCUGAUCACAUCACCCAGGACUAGGGGUAAUACUGUUAAUUUUGACUCACUCCAAGUUCUUUUUGAACUCAAAUUCCAAUAUAUUAGCCACAUUUUCUCAUCAGAAUAAAGAGAACAGGACAGAGGAAGGAGAAAAAGACAGACUGUGAAAAAAUAGAGAUGAAGAGAAUACGAAGGAGAAAGAAUGGUAGAGAGGAACAUGGGGGGUGGGGGAGAAAAGGAGAUUCUAUUUUAUUCAGUAAAGUGGAGUCAUAUUCCUUAUUCUGCAUGGAAGGAAAUAGAUAUAAUAAAUCACUACUAGAGGAAAAAUUAUUUUUAAAAUAUAGAAAGUAUAUCUUAUGUAAGGAAUUAAAUAAGGGUUUGACUAAAAUAUGUGAGAAUUCUAAAAUAAUAUGGUAGUUGCCGAUUAAAGUGUUAUAUAGUUCAAGUCAAAAUGACUUUUAGUAGCUUUUAUUUACAAAAGGGUGGAAAGAGUGAAAGUAGAGAAAUACAAAAAGAGGGUAGAGAAGAUGUCUACUCUAUCACACUAAAUAUUGCUCUGGUGCUUGGCUCAGCCCUGCAGGGCUUGUUAAUCCUUGACCAGAGGACCCAGAAUUCUACCCUCAUGACUUCCUCCAAGAAGGGAAUGCCUCUCCAAAACUAAUCUCUCUCCAGACACCAGGAAAGGAAGGCCACCCAUUCACUCACCCAAGAGGCAGAUCAAGCCUCAAGUUACCUCCAAGAAGCAAGUCACCAGUUGAAGAUGACUACCAAAGACUAUCUCCAGAAGACUGCUUACAGAAGCCUCUCUCCAGUCAAAGAAGUUCAGGGUUUUUAUAGUGACUUCUUGUCCCUGCUCCUCUUCAGAGGGGCCAAGCACAGCUUCCAAAUUGACUAGUACUGCCCGGGGGGCAGUGUCUGUAGGAUCUACUUCCUACCUCUGAAGGUGUCAACCUUUUAUCACAGACUUCUGAAGGUAUCAACUUUUUAUCAUAGGAUUCACAAGUUUCUGACUGAUUGAGUUAUCAUCCACUUUAGCAAAUGACUUGCAAACACUCUUACUUAGUUUUUAGUUCUGGAGUUAUCACUCAUUUUAGCAAGUGACUUGCGAAUUCUCUUCCUUUUUCAAGUAAGUGACUUGUGAAUUCUCUUACUUGAUGGCUAAUAAAGUGUUAACUCAAAAUAGACAGAGAGAAUAAAGAAUUCCCUUUCACACCUAGGGAUUUUUCAUUAGAGAGAGACAAACUAAUGUUAUCACACAUGCAACUACAUGAGAAUAGAAGGAAAACACAAUAGAGUUUAUUGGUCAGUAUUUUUGAGACCUGUUAGUUUUAUGAUGGAGAAACAAACUCCAAGAGGAUAAGUGAUUUACUCAAGGUGACUCAGUGAGGUUAGACUAGCACAAGAACUGUAGGCUUCCACAGAAAACUUCAUAACCUCUCAGUAUCAAAAUGUGAAUGGAUCAGGAGGCAUUUGUAAGUUUGGAUGCAGUGAGUGUGAUGUAGUAGCAAGCAUAGUGGACCUAAAGUCAUGUAUUUAUUGCAUGUUUGAACAUUCGCCCUUAACAUUUCUAAGUCUUAGUUUUCUUAUCUAUAAAAGAAGAAAAACAAUGCCUACAAUAUCUACCUCACAAGGUGAGGAUCAAAUUAAUCUCUUCCAUUUAUUAUUAUCAUUAUCAUUUUAUUAUUAUAUCAUAUUCUCAUUUGGGGAAGAACAUUUUGGGGAGUUAGUAUGGUGAGGGAGGAAAGAAUUCUACCACAGAAAUCAGUAAUGCUGCUCUUGGUCCUAUCUUUGCUAUUGUCAUUGAAUAGUCUUGAAACAAUCACUUGUUUUUUCUGUAUUUUUUUGUCCACCAUCAAAAUAAGGGAUUUUGAGUCAUAAUCUAGCCAUUUCUCAGGAAAAUAUAGAGGGACAUGUCUUUGAAAAUAGAAAAACUCCUAAUAAAAUGGAAGAUACAAUUAUCACUAUAAUUGAAUUGGGGUUGAGGGGUACAUAUGGGCAGAUAAAGAGCAUGGAACUUAGGCUCAGUGGGAAAAAUAAUCAGAGACUUACUAGUUUUCAGACCAUUCCAUAAAUUCAUUGCCAUUUGACUUCUUUGUUUCUUUUUUUAGCAUGGGAUCUCUAUGAAUCACAACACACAAUCCUUCCAGGUGCUACCAUGGUGGGCAAUGCCACUAUCCCCAACUUCUCAUCAUUUUUUUUGGUUGGUAUUCCUGGUCUGGAAGUAUUCCACUGUUGGUUCAGCAUUCCUGUGUGCCUUUUGUAUGCCAUGACUUUGAUGGGGAAUGGCCUCAUUGUCCUUGUGAUAAAAGAAGAAUCCAGUCUUCAUCAGCCCAUGUUCUUUUUCCUUUGUAUGCUGGCCUUUAACGAUGUAGCUAUUUCCUCAGCCACAGCCCCCAGGAUGCUUGGUAUAUUUUGGGUGGAUGCUCAUCUCAUUGGAUUUGAUGUUUGCUUGACCCAACUGUACUUAAUCCACACUUUUUCCAUCAUUGGAUCAGCUCUUUUGGUAGCCAUGGCCUUUGACCGCUAUGUUGCCAUUUGCCAUCCACUGCAUUAUGCCACCAUCCUGACCACUCCUUUGGUCAUCAGGUUAGGAGUGAUAAGUGUGGCCCGAGGUGCCAUUCUGAUCUUGCCCUGCCUAUUGCUUAUUAAGCGGCUGAGGUAUUGUACUCAGAAUGUUUUACGACAUACCUACUGUGAACACAUGGCUGUGGUGAAGCUUGCCUGCACCGAUACCUACAUAAAUCGGAGCUAUGGCAUCUUUGUGGCUCUCUCAGUCAUACUUCUGGACAUUGGACUUAUUUCUAUGUCCUAUGUCAAGAUCCUUCAGGCUGUCUUUCGACUCUCCUCCAAGGAGGCCCGCUCUAAGGCCCUGGGCACUUGUGCUGCCCAUAUCUGUACUAUCCUCCUCUAUUAUAUUCCUGCCCUCUUUAGUUUCCUCACCCACCGCAUUGGCAAGAGGGUACCCCCAUCCAUUCACAUUAUCUUUGCUAGUAUAUAUCUUCUGGUGCCUCCCGCAGUCAAUCCAUUAGUCUAUGGUGUAAAGACCAAGCAGAUUCGUGACCGAGUGGUCAUUCUUUUCCUCAGGAAAAAGGAUAAGGUCUCUAAGCAUUAGUUCAGGCUUAUUAGGCAUGUCAUUUCUUUAUUUUUUUAUUUUUAAUUUAAUUUUUUAUUUUUUUAGGCAUGUCAUUUCUUGAGACUGGAACCACUUACUGUGAGGAAACACCAAGAUUGGGCUGAGAGGACAAUGCAGUGUAUGUGCUGCCUUUAACUGGCUUGUUUGGAAACACUAAUCCAUUUUAUGGACACAUCUCCCCAUCAGUAACUUUAGGGAGUUUGGUUACAGUGUAAUGAGCUAAUGUCUUGAAGCUCUCCUUGUUUACUUUGAUUCCAAUAGCCAAGACCCACUAUCAAUAGGAAAUUUUUCAAGUAUGAAAUUUCCCAAAGGUGAAAUUUCCAACACAUGGUUUGUCUACCUCUAGGCACUGGUCAGUUGGAGGCCUGGGUCAAAUUUUGCUUCUGAUCUGGGAGGGAUAAGGAUUACAUAGAUCAAAUUAUCUGAAGAGGAGUAGGAAGAAGCAAUCCUGACUUGUUUGCUAGAUCCCCUUGGGCAAUCUUGAAUCAAGUCUGAUGGUUUGACUUUCCUUUCCUCAUGAGUCCAAAAAAUUCUUGAGAUUGAAGAGUACAACUUGACUUCAGAAUGAUUAAGUUCUCUUUAACUUUUUUGUAAGUAAUAACAGUUAUAAAUUAAUUAUCAAGAAACCUUCAGAAAUCAAGGAGAUAUGACCAAAUAUAGAGGCCUCAGACUUUCUCAAAUUUUCUCCCUGUUAAAAUUGAACUGUCCCAAGGAUAGGAUAAAUUCAGUAGGAGCCAUCACUAAGUCAUGGUACAGAGCCCUCUUCUUAUGAACCUUAUAUUCUCACUCUGUCAUCUGCACCCAAUUCAAGUCCCUUCUGACCUCAAAUACUACCUUAUGAAAUACUAUCCUGACAUUUUCCCAUUCUGGUCAUGACCAGCAUUGAUGUUAACUAACUACAGAAAUUAUUCCAUUCUAUGUUAAAGCCCCAGGUGGGGGUGUGUGAGGCAGGACUGGGACCAGAGUUCUGCAGGUAAGGAAUGGGGAAAAUAGUAGGAGGAAAUGCAAAGGUGGAAGAAGGACCUCAUCUGAAAAUAAGGGCUAGAGAAAAGAUAAGAAUCACAGUCACAAUAACAGUGUGGGGUCAGAAGGAGUGGCAUUGGAUUAGAGUUUAUUGCAAACUAGUAGAUCUUUUAAAGGUAAAAACCACAAACAUUCACCCAUGAGAAAGGUCUUUGGGAAAAUUUAACAAAAAUGUAGAUAGUGCAGCUGAUAGGAUAAUGGUUGGGGCAAGAUAAUGGUUCCAGGAAUUAUCCGGGGUUCAUGGAAUGGUCAACAAUCAUGUUAUGGGAAACUAAAAGAAGGUGGAGGUGAGGGCAUUUGAACCUGUUCUCAGACAGACUGUGAGAAUUCAACCUCUGAGGAGGGCUCUCAGAUCUUUAUCUAAGAUAGACUCAGAGAUAUCAACCUCUGACACUUCCAGAUUUCAGUCAUUGUUGACUGAGGCUCACCAUAGUAGCCCGGCUUGAACAAGCCAAUGUGACAUGGAUCUUUGGCCAUAUCCAAGAAAAACAGACUUAACUACUUCUUUGUUCUGUGACAGCACUGACUGACCUAUGAAUACUGCAGCUUUAAAUUGCUAGAAAACCUUCAGAGGAUGGUGCUGGGAUGAGGCUUUGCUAUUUUUGAAUAAGAGGCUAGAAUAUUACCAGGGAGUUAUCCAGAAGUUCUAAGGCUUUAGUGCUAAAUAAUUCUAGUCUUUAAUGACUAGUUCUAGUAAGGAUACACUUCCUAAACCAACUGGAUUGGCCUGGUAGUCUCAAGAGCUUCAAGAAAUAUGUCGAACACUUCUAAAAACUAUGUAAACAAAUCAGUAAGCACAAAUUUGAUCUGGGGAUAUAAAAGAAUUUGAUUGUCAAUUCUGGCUUCUGAACUAGUUGCCAUUUGAAAUCUAUAUAGUCACAUAAAUAUGGGGAAUUUAUUGGGAUAAUUUUUUUCCUCAUGUAACCUAUUUCUCCCUCACUCCUGUGGUCUGUGGCAUUUAUUGCCUAGGUUGGUCUAAUCCAUGCAUCAAGGGGACCUCUCAGAUUACUGCCUUUCUAUCCAGGUGGUGCCAAAAAACCCCAAACAAACCCUAUUAUUGGGGGCAAGUCAAUGUACAAAUAGUAACCAAUAGUGUAAUAAAACAAAGGAAUGGAUUUGACUUGCUGAGAAAUAUUUUCAAGGACUUUUUGGAUGGAUUAGAGGGUAGUAAAUGUUGUUACAUUAUUCAUAGAAACUUCCCUUGAGUUUGAGUGAUCCAACAGAGCAAUGUGAUUCCUAGAACAGCAAUAGAUUCUUUGUCAUUGUAAUUCUUCAUACAGAAGUAAAAUGAUCCCUUUUUAAUGGAUAUUGUAUACUUUUUUGUUUAGGCAAAGGUUGAAAAGCAGAUGACUUUUGAGGUCUCCUUUUCAGCCCUGAGUCUUUGGUUCUAUAAACAGGUAUUCAGCUUAUUUAAGCCAAAUUUAAAAACACACCUGGAACUAUAAGUUUGGCAGGAACUCUACCAGGCAAUAUUAAUGAAGUAGUCCUUGCUUUCAAUAAACUUAUAUGUUAUCAAAUCUUAUAUAUGGUGGAUAUCAUUAUCUUUUCCUCAACCUAUGCCUUUUUUAAACUUUUUUUUUGAGGGAACUCUCAUUCUUUUAUUUACCCAGGUUCACAGUCUUAGAGACUUUCAAGUCCUAUUUAUAAUAAUUUUCCAAGUCUUGGUAAGUCUCUUUCUACAAUGUCUCUCUAAUCCUUUCUUUGAUUUUUCUAAUAGAGCCAAUAUCUUAAUUCUAUUCCUGAUCAAUGUUUGCCUGGACUGUUGCAAUUGUCUGACUUCUAAUAGAUCUUGUUUCCCAUCUCUCCCCUCUUUAAUACAUCCUGCAUAAAUCUGUCCAAAUAAUCUUCCUAAGGCAAAGAAAGGUAUGACAAUAUUGUUUUCUUCAUGAAAAAUAAUCUGUAGUUCAAUAUCACCAGUAUAAAAUAUAAACUCGUGUGGAUUUUUAAGGCCUUUUACAAACGAUCUCCAAUUUACCUUUCCAGCCUAUUGCACCAUUACUAACUUUCAUAUACUAUAUUUUAUAGCCAAAUCAGAUUAGUAAUUUCCCCUUCAAAACAAUAUCAUAUCUUAUGUCUCUGUGACUUUGUAGAUACAUUACAAAAGAUAGGUGGAAGAGAUGCCAUCUUCUUGUCCCUGUAAAGGGCCAGAAUGUGAGGGGUUAAAAUUAAAGGGUUGGACUAAAUUUAUCAGAGUAUGUUCACCAGGAAUUUAAUCAAUUACAAAUGAUUUUUUAGCAAUAUAUUUAUAAAAUAGAGGGACAGUGUGGAAGUAGAGAAAUGAGAAAGAAGACGAGUAAGAAAUCUUGCUUAAAGAGCUAGACUAUUGCUCAAGCCCUGGCUUUACCCUGGCAGGGCUCCAAAAGCCCCAGCCUGAGGGCCCAAGGGUCAGUUAACAAAGGUUUUAGCCAAGAGGACUCCUUCCAGAGAAGGGCCCCUCCAGAGGCUAGUACCUCCAGGAAAGCCAGGGAAGGGAGUCAGCCUUCUUCACUCACCCAAGUGGUAAUUCAAAGGAAAGAUUUAAGGACAGUUUCACCAAGACCAAGUAAGCAGAUUCUUCACCAGCCUCCAACUCAAACUCAGAACUGUAGCAAGGGAAGUUACAAAGAUUGAUUGACAGCCAUCAAGCCAAGGAUUCUACAAGAGCUGGCUGGGUCAAAAUUCUAAGGGGGUUGGACAGCUUUUAACUGUCUGUCUGAAGCUGGAUCUACACACUGAAACUGUGAUUGAGAUUCUUCCUGGAAAAACAUCUUUCAAGCCGCCUGUCUUGGAUUAACAUCAAGAAAAGGUGGAAAGGAAGCUCCCCAUUCAUUCUGGUGGACAGAGUGAUUUUGGAAGAGAAUUUCUCCCUUUCCUGGAUAUUCUAAGGACUUUACAACUGGACAUCUGCAGUCUGACCCACCAAGGACUCUGUGGGAGAAUCUGGGCUCCCUGUUUGGAUUUAUCCUUAGUUAACUUCAGUUUAAUUUAGUUUAGACAGGUUAAGCUUAGUAUAGAAACUUAUUUGGUUAAGUAUCUGGGUGGGUCAGAUGGUCAACCUUCCUCUUUCCUUCCCCAUUGUUCCCUUCCUUUAUUAAUAAACUUAUUUAUAUAGUUGUGUAUUUUCCCCUUCCUACAACCUUUCCCCCCAUUCCCUUAAAUUCCCUAUAACAGAACUCAGAAGAAAGAAGAAUUCCCUCACAGGAAAUUGUAACUCCUUUUAAAGAAGCUUCUUUGCAUCACUUCCUAUGCCUUCCUCUACUUUUACAUGGACAAAUUAUAGUCUAUAGCAGGGGUCCCCAAACUAUGGCCCAGGGGCCACAUGUGGCCCCCUGAGGCCAUGUAUUCGGCCCCCACCGCACUUCCAGAAGGGGCCCCGCUUUCAUUGGUGGUCAGUGAGAGGAGCACUGUAUGUGGCAGCAUGGCAAAGUGAGGCAGUGCUCACAUGCAGUACUACUUCUGGUGACCUAAUCCUUUGCGUGGUACCUUAGAAUGAAGCGUUGUGCAAAGGAUUAUGUGGAUGCACAAUGGAAGAUAUCAGCAUGGUGAGUGGUGAUCUGAGGGAUGGGAUUCCACAUUGUGUAUAUUGUUGCCUGGUUAGGAUUGGAUUAGGGUUAGGAUUAGGCCCUCCAAUGGUCUGAGGGACAGUGAACUGACCCCCUGUGUAAAAAGUUCGGGGACUCUAUAGCUUUGCUUAGGACUGCCCAGGGGUGAGUUAGUGGUUUUUGAUUCAUCACCUACUUUUGCACAUGUGGGUCACAGACCUCUCCCACUUAAGUGUAAGUGGGGUGUAUAUGCUUCUGGUGAUUAAAUUUAAAAAUGGGCAGGGGAGAGUUAAUCCCAUCUUGAUAUCCAUCAUAUCUCAAUGUAUCUUUUUCCUCUCUUCCAUAUCUGCAGGUCCUCAGUUUCCUUAAAGACUCCAGUCAGGUUCCACUUAAUCACAGAAAAUCUUUCCUUCCUUGCUUGUUUGUGUUUUCCUCUUUUUUUGGUUUUUAUUUAUUUUUUAAAAUUCUGUAUCCUCCUGACCCUUUCAGGGUAUCAACUCCUGAAGGGCUGAGGUUGUUUUCCAUUUUGGCUUUGUAUUCUCAGCACCUAGCACAGCGAUUUGAACAAAGCAGACAAAUUGAGUAAUGCUGACCAAAGCAGAUAAUGGCAAUAACCGAUAUUAAUUCUGUAGCAUCAGUCUUAGAUAGCAACUAUACAGAGAAACAGAGAUGAGCAAAUUCGUUACCAGAAAGCCAGAGGUAUGUGGGGCAAGGCUACUCCCCUCCCCCUCUUCACAUAUCCCUGAGGACAUCACCCACCCCUCUAAAAAGUCCACCAUCACUGGCCUAAUCCAUACCACACUUCUGCCUUGGAACCAAUACACAGUAUUGACUCUAAGAUAGAAGGUAAAGAAUUUUUUUUCAAGUUAUAAUUGAAAGGAUAAAAAGGAUGUUCGACCUUUAUUUAACUAGAAAAUUCUUUGAUCAUUAGAAUUAAUUGAGUUUCAAAGAAAUAACAAUGCAAGUGUAACCUUGAAAUUACUAACUUAGACAUGAUAUGUUAAGUAGGUAAGAACAUAUCUCAGUUUUUCUCUAUGUGAACAAAGCCUGGAUAUCUACUUAGAUGGUACAGGAAGUCUCUGCAGUAGCUGAAAGUCUUGCUCCUGACCUCUGGGACUUAAUAAAAUCAUUGAAUUUGUUGGAAUUGGGGAUGCCUUUCAGUGAUGAGCCAGGAGAGAUCAUUCUAGCCAAUUCUUUGAGAAGAAAGAUUUGGGUGGGGAGAGGAGAGAACUUUAACUAAUUUAGUCUCUUCUCCAUCCCCUUCUUUAUUUAGAGGAUGACCCUGGAAGCUUCAAAUUGUCGGUAGGAUUUUAAUUUCCUAUCUUUUAUCAGUCUUCUUGUAGUGGCCCUGGAAUAGCUGAUGGCCAAGGCUACACUGGAAGCUAAGGACAGACUGAAUACAGAUUCAAUGCUACACAAAGAAGUGAGCAGAGUAGUGGGUGGGAAUUAUGCAACACUUAAAGAGAAUAUCCUGAUGGCUCCAGCAAAAGAAUUUACCUCUUUGCAUAUGGGCUUCCUAAUCUGGAGUCUACUCUCUCCUAGACUCAGUAUGUACUUGUAGAAGUGUGUAUCACAAUCUUUUGGGAUGUUUGUACCAAUUAUUCUUAUACCACCUUAGUAAAUACUAAUGCUGGAAUGAAUGUGGAAAAAUUGAGACACUAAUGUGCUACUGGUGGAGUUAUGAACUGAUCCAACCAUUCUGAAGAACAAUUUGGAACUACAUUCAAAAGGUUAUGAAAGUAUGCAUAUCUUUUUAUCCAGCAAUACCACUACUAGAUCUGAUUCCCAAAGAGAUUAAAGAAAAAUAAAACAAAACUAUUUUUACAAAAAUAUGCAUGACAGCUCUUUUAUUGUGGCAAAGAAUUGGAAUUGAGGUGAUUCCCAUCAAUUGGAGAAUGGUUGAAGAGUUUGUGGUAUGUGACUGUGAUAGGAUACUCCUGGGCUAUAAGAAAUGAUGAGUAGAAUGGCUUCAGAACAACCUGAGAAGACCUAUGUAAUGCAAAGUGAAGUGAUCAGAACCAGGAGAACAUUUAUCAUGGUAACAAUAUUGUAAGCAUGAUCAGCUAUGAAAGACAGCUACUAUGAUGAAGACAAUGGCCCAAGACAAUUCCAAAGGACCCGUAAUGAAAAAUGCUCUCCAUCGCCAGAGAGAGAACUGAUGAACAGUGUAAUCGAUUGAAGGAUACUUUUAAAAACUUUAUUUAUUUUUAUCAUUUUAUUUGUGUUUUCUUUUGCAAUAUAGCUAAUCAGGGAAUAGUUUAAAUUAGUUCUCAUAUAGAAUCAUCAAUCUGCCUCCUUAGAAUAAAGGGAAUACAGAAGGGAGGGAGAAAAUUUGGAACUCAAAAUUUAAAAAAGAUUGUUAAAAUUUUUUUUUACAUUCAAUUGGGAAUUAUUAGCAAAAUAAAUAAAAUUGGUUUUUUUCUAAAGGCAAUUAAAGUGUUUAUGUUUAUUCCAUUGUUCAUUUUUUUUGUCACAAACCGUACAACUCCUGACAACUGUAUAUCUUUAUCAACGUAUUUUAGCAGUUUUGAUUAAACCAAAGGGUUUUUUUUCUCCUUACUUCUUUCAGGUAUCAAACAACUCACUGAAAGUCAUACCCAUUUCCAAGAGAUCAGGCCAAGGAGCUUUGCUAAGGGACUAUCGACCCUUUGCAUGUUGAAAGGGCUCACAGCACAACAUUCCCAAAGCUGCUCACUGAGAUUGCUCACUCUCCUCUGAUCAUCAAAGAGAAGGAUGAACCUUCUGCUGGUUCUUUGUGUAAAUAACAGUGCAAUUUAAUCCAACAAGCAUUUAUUAAGUGUCUACUCUGUACAAGGCAUUACGCUUGAUCCUGGAGGUACAAAAACAAAUGAAAAAUAGUCCUUGCUUUGGGUCAGUUUGAUUACUUUCUCCUUUUAGGUCAAGUUUUCUCAUAGACUUGUCUCAAUUACUCCACUUGUUUCCUUCUGUGUGUGUUGCAUUGGAAAUUUCCUUCCUGUGAAGUUUCACCUUACAUUAAUAUUGAAUGAAUUACAUGGCAUUUAUAGGCAUUUAGGUAUAGUGGACAUUUUGCCAGAAUUGCAGCAGAAAGAGCUGAGUUGAGGAUCUGUCUUAGAUAAUUAGUAUCUAUAAUCCUAUGAAUAUCACUGAACCUCUUUCAGCUUAUUUCCUCAUCUGCAAAAUUGGGAUGAUAAUAGCACAUCUCUCACAAAGUUGUUCUUGGGUUGUGAGGGUCAAACAAGAUAAGAUACAUAAUGUGCUUUGUAAAACUUACAAUGUAAAUGUUUACUAAAUAAAUAAAUGAAUAAGGAUUAUUUUAUUAAGUAUAUGCUAAAUACUGAGCAUUAUUCUAGAUGGAUAUAAAGUAAAAAAAAAAGUUACCUGACCUCCAAAAUCUUCACAUUCCAUAUUUUUAUUCCCAUGUUGUUGUUUUUUUAAAUUCCAGAGUCACCCUAGUUCUCCCCUCCUCCUAGUGGCCUCUCCCAUAAAUCCCUCUGGGGCCCAGUGGAUCUCAAGACUCAUUCAACUUCUUCUCCCUGUUUGUACUGGGCAACAAAUGAGAGCAGAACUUGAAACCAUAAAAACUGUUCUGUGAUGUCAGUCACAAUCCAGAACCUAGGGAGCAGUCCUUGAUCUUGCCUAACAGUCUUUGUUGCAUGCAGCAAGACUCUGACCCAGAUUUUUUUGUGAGUAAAAGGAGAGAUGAGGGUAAAUAGACAAUAGCAUCUUUCCUCUCCUAUAGAAAUUAAUAUAGGGGGUGACAGAAAUGAAGAUAAUAGGUGGAAUAAAGAGACCUUUGGUGCCCUUAUCCAAAGCAGAAGCAGUCAGUUUUUCAGAGUUAAUGACAGCUACUCUGAGUCACUAGCAUCACAGGGAGCUCAGAAACCCAUUCAUCCUAGUUAUUUAUUACAUAGAAUCUUGUCAGAAAUUCUUCACAAGGUAGUUAGACAAAUGAACUUCUAAGGUCUCUACUUAUAGUAGAUUAUCAUAAAAAGAACUGGAGAAAUUUGUAAUAAAGUGACUUUGGGGAUCACCUAAUUUUCCCUAGAAGGCAUCUUAUACCCAGAUAUCUUUAGUGACUUUCUCAAGGAAAUGGGAAUUAAAUAGGACCAGCUUUUGGUUUGAAGCCACAUUUACUUCCAAAUCCAGAAUUGCUUUUCCUGACAUACUGCCCGUGACUACUACUUGGACAUCAUAGCUUUCUUCAAAAACUUAAAGGGCUAUUGAGUUAAAAAAAGAUUAUAUUUGUUCUAUAUAGCUCCAUAUGUCAAAAUUAUAUCCAGUGGUUAGAAAUUACAGGUGUAUUUUGAUUCAAUAUAAGGAUAACCUUUUAAAAUAUUGGAACUGUCUAACAAUGGAUACUAGAAGUUCUCAAGAAGAUGCUGGAUGAUCACCUGUCAAAACUGUAGAGGGAAUCUCUGCUUCAGGUAGGUAAUCAAGUAUAUGACUUCUGAAGUCUCUUCCAUCUUGAAGAUUCUUUGAAAGUUCAGUGAUUAGAUGAGGAAUGAGAGUGGUCUAACAAUAGUACUAAUUAUCAUGUCUACAUUUCCCAUUCCUGGGUGAGGUUUACUGGACCACAAUUUAGGAGUAUAAGAGUAUAAACUUGGUGUGUAGCUGAAACAAGAAUCUUAGUCUAAGUGAGCAAGAACCAGCCAUCUAUUUUUUAUUUAGUAGCUCCUUCCAAAGCUUUCAACAUGGUACCAGGUGAUCUAAUCUCUUGAACUAUAGGAUUUUAAAUCCUACCACAUUUAAGUUCUCAUAGAACAAAAAAAAUUAUGAAUGUAUGACUCAUGACACAUAAGUGAUUAUUUAUCUCUGGUACAUAUAUUUAAGUGGAGAAAUGAGGUGUUGAUUUUGGAAGGUAUGUUUUUUACAAUUUAGCUUCAUUCUUUAAGGCUUAGUGCAACUGAAUGACAUUCUAUACUCUCCAAUACAUCCCAUUAAAAUUAUUACUGUUUUUUUUACAUCAUCUACAUUUUUCAUCCAUUUUAAAGUUCAACUUUAUAUCUUUAAUUCCUUGGGAAGGUUAAAGAAGAUAUUUUUCAUUUUUGAAAUUUGAGAUUUUUGCAAAGAAGUCCUUUAAUAAUUUCUUAUUAUUGUUUUUAAUCUCUAGGUCAAUCAAAUUCUUCCCCACUCUUUCUCUCAAUAACCUCUAAGCUUAGAGUAUUCAUUUCAUUACUUAUUGUUUCUUUGCUAAUUGGGUUAUUUUCCUAUCUUGUAUUUUUUUUUUUGGAUGUAGUUGCAAAUUCUGGUGAUAAUGCUUACCCUUCCCCUCCUUCACUACUCUCAACUGACUGAGUAGAAUCAAUGUCUACUGUUUGUUGCAGUGUGGGGGUCAGGCAGGGAAUGAGGUAUGCUGGAAAAGUCUCACAAGUAAGAGGAAAUCCCAUUAUGAGCUUUAGGCAAAGGCCCCUGGGGUUAUUAACAGAAAAGGUAGUGGCUAGUGCUGGAGAAGAGCUGAGUACUUUCAGAAUUAGGGAUUAGUGCACUCUGAUAUUAAUAAGCAUUUUAUCUUUUAGAAGUUCUAUUAUUAUUUUCUUAUGUAUUUGCCUAUAAUUAUUCUAAAUUAGCACAUAAUUUUGCUUUUACUUUUAAUUUUGGAAUAGAGUCAGGGGAAAGUGUCUAGUUUAUCAUCUUGACUCUUAUUCAACUUUCACUUAAUAGUGUAUGUAUACACACACACACAC